AUGGUCGAUUUAUACAAUGAAACAUGGAAAGAGAAAAAUAAACCAUUAAAAAUUAAUAAUCGAAAAUUGAUCGAUAAAUAUCAUUUGCUGAAAUCGAAUGGAGAAAUUCAAGCAAAUCGACUGGUUGCAUCUCAACCAAUUGAAUUCAUUGAUGUUAAUGGGCGAAUUCAAUAUAAUAAACGAAAACUUAAUGAAUUACCACAAUUCUUAUGUAAAUUAUCACCAAAUAAAGCCGUACCGAUCGCUGUGAAAGAAGUUUUUUUCAACUAUCCAUUCAUGUAUGCUAAAAUACAAUGUUCCGAUUAUAAUGAUAUAACCCAUUUAAUGCAACACUUUAAAGAGAUUUCAACAUCUAAAUUAUCGAAAGAAAUAAUCGAUGUGAAAAUCGAAAUAAAUAUACUAUUUAUGAUUUAUAUCAUUGUCGGUCAUUUGCUUGAAGAAUAUCCAAAUAAUUAUGCAUUUGAGUUUUCAUCUCGUCUUCUUAGUUUAUUUGGUAUUAAACCUUAUAUAACUAAUCUAUUAAAACAAUUCGAUGAAAAAAGUCUUAAUCAUUGUGCAUUAAUUGUACCUUAUUGUCAAAUGAGACCACCAGGUAAUGGUCUAGUUUAUUCAAUGAAUAAACAUACAACGUCAGUUACGAUCAUCGAUAUUACACUGGAUCAAAGAAUAGCCGUGACUCUAUCAGAUCAUAUUAUUGUUAUUGAUAUGACAUCUGGACAUACAUCAUUCGAUGUUCAAUUACCUAAAUUAGACGAAUCCUAUUUAAAUUUAACUGCAACAAAUCAUUUAGACGAACAAUCUGGUAAAAAUUCUCAACAAUUUUACUUUCUUCUCAAUUCACUUCAUCAUAUCUAUUUGAUAUCUACACAUAAUGAUAUUAAAUUCGAAAGAACAUCUUCAAAUGGUUAUGCAACAGUUGAAAUAUUCAAUUUAAAACGUGCUCUUGUUAUUAUUGCGGAAAUAAAUAGUAAUUCUGUUGAAUGUUGGGAUCUUCUAAAUAAUAGAUUAUUUACUCGAAUUGAUUCGAUAUCAUCGUCCAUAAAAACAAUAUUUUGUAUUGAUAUCUAUUCUAUGAUUGUUAUUCUCUGUGAAGAUGGUCAUAUACAUUUUUAUUCUAUAAAUGAUUGGAUACAAUCAUCAUUUAUUCAUCGUGGAUCGAUAUAUAUUGAUCAGCAAUUAAAUUUAAUUAUUAAUCAUGGACGAUAUUUGAUUUAUAUCGAUGAAAAGAAAAGUCCAAUCGAUUUUAUUUAUAUUGAUUUAAAAAUAAUAAAUGAUAAUAAACAGUUUUUAUUUGAUCAAGAUAUUAAAAAACUCUCAACUAAAUUUCAUAUUCCAUUAGAAUCAAAAUCAAUAAAACGUCUUAUAUUACCUGAUACUGAUAAAGUAAAUGUCAAUUCUUUAUUAUGUAUAUUAUUAACAAAUGAUAAUUUAUAUGCAAUUCAUAAAUGUUCAGGAGAGAAUUUAUCAUAUGUUUGUAUCGAUGGACAUUUUGAUAUUGUUUCAUUCCACGAAAAUAAUCCAAAUACUAUUUAUACAGCUCGUGAAGGUAUUAUAGAUAUAUUUGUUUGGACAUGUAUUGAAAAUUUCGACAAUGAAGAUCAUCAUGUACAUACUUAUGAAUUAUAUGUUUCUAUUGAUAUUAGCUCAUCUCCUAUAACUACAAUUAAACCAAUUGUUGCAUCGACCCCACUUUUUUUGUGUUCAAUGGAAAAUGGAGCAAUACAUAUGUAUGAAACAGAACAGAUACGCAAAGCAUAUAAAGAAAUGCUACCAUUUCUACGUACAAAUAAUGUUAUAGAAACUGUCGAACUCUAUAAUGAUAUAGCAAUAACACUUGAUAAUCAAAGACGAGAACUAACACUUUGGUUAUAUCAACAUUCAACAUCGAUUGAAUCCAAACGUUUUUAUACAGAAAAUUUCUCUAUCAAUAAAUUUGUACUUACAUCAAGCAAAUUAGACCGAAAUGUAAUGUUUGUACUUAUAAUAACAUCUAAUAAUCGUAUAGAAAUUUAUUCAUCUCAAUCGUUUCAUAACGAACCAAUUUUCUAUCUUUGUCUCCAUUCAUCGUUUAAUGUUUAUUCAACCCGACAUGGCAAUUUCCUUGUCUUAAAUAAUACAGGUGUAUUGUUUACAAUUGUUCAACAAUCAAAUGAUAAUCAACAAAUUACAUUCAAUAAAACCAAUGACAUACAAUUGAAAAUCCAAUGUUCGAUGAUGUUUAGUUGCAUUAUUACUCUCGAUUCAAUAGAACAUCUUGUUGUAUUAGCAGAUGAUUUACAAUCAAUGCUAAUUUGGACAGAAACAUCUUUAAUUUAUAUUAAUAUUGAUCAGACUACAUAUUUUAAAUCCGGACAUUUAAAAACUAUGUCAGCUGAACAAACUCAAGAUUUUAUUUUAUUACAUUUCGAUAAUAAAUUACUUGUCCUAUGUCAAAUUGAAUUGAACGAAUCGAAAAAGAAUGCAUCUAUAAAAAUGAUUCCAUUAGAUACAACUGACAUGUUCAGUUUAACCAAUGGCUAUCUAGCAACAGUCAAUAAUGCGAAACAUCAACUGAAUUUAUAUAGUAUUCCUUCGUGGAAUCACGUCAAAUCGAUUCAAUUAGAAAAUGUAUGUGAACAAAUAUGUUUCAAUGCAUCAGGAACUUAUGUCUUUACUGUAAGUAAACGUCGCAUUUUACUUAUGUAUCGAAUUAAUGACUGUCGUCAAUUGGCUGAGUUAUUCCUCUACGAUUUUGUUUUAUCAAUGAAAGCAAACAAUGAUUUUAUCGUCUUAGCUAUGAAUGAUCGACGUUUACUAACAUUGAUGAUAGCCGAUCCGGAAGAUCCGAACAUACAAGAAAAAAUUCAAAGAUUACCUAGCAGGAAUUCUUGGCGUGAAAUCCAGUCAGCAACAAUCAGACUGGUGCAGCACAUUGAAAGAUGUGCUGGUAUGGAGUCGAGCCAUGAUGAUGAUGAUAGCAUCAUUAUUAACGAUAGCAACGAUGAGUUUGAUGCUAUAGAAGAAGAUGAUGAUAUAGGGACAAUAGAAAAGUUGGAACGGCCUAUCAGUGCUUUUUGUCAAGUUCAUCAUUUCAAUGAGCGAUACUCACCAAAUAAUACAAAUGACACUGUUGAUACUGAUACGAAAUUUGUUCACGAUGGUUUCAAUGAAGAAGUUCUCGCUGAAGAAACUGGUAUUAAAUCUUCUAAUCCGACUACAACAACAGUCGACAAACAGCACACAAAACAUGACCUAAGUGAUAUUCAUCGAAAAGUUAUUGAGUACGAUCAGCAACUAUUGAAAGGCAUUCAGUUGGCCAAUGCGGGCAGUACAAAUUUGAAAGUUCUCAAUAGUCAUUCAAUUACUUCGAAUACAUGUACUCUUCUUUGA